GUCUCCUAGUCAACAUCAUACCGAAGCUCACCGCGCGGCCGGGGAGCUUCACCACCACCAGCAACCACCGCGCGCUUCCACCCCCCUCGCCCCAAUGGGCGUCGCCGGCGGCGAUGGCAGCACCAAGCCCCCCGCGGCCGCCAUGGACGUCGAGUCCUCGACGGCGGUCGUGGCGCAGCCGACCUCGGUGCUGAGGUCCGUGCUGCUGUCGUACGCGUACGUGGCGGUGUGGAUCAGCCUGAGCUUCACGGUGAUCGUCUACAACAAGUACAUCCUCGACCCAAAGAUGUACGACUGGCCCUUCCCCAUCUCGCUCACCAUGAUCCACAUGGCCUUCUGCGCCUCCCUCGCCGCCGCGCUCGUCCGCGUCUUCCGCUUCGUCGACCUCCCCGUCGACCCGCCCAUGACGCCCUCGCUCUACGUCGCCACCGUCGUCCCCAUCGGCGCGCUCUACGCGCUCUCCCUCUGGUUCUCCAACUCCGCCUACAUCUACCUCUCCGUCUCCUUCAUCCAGAUGCUCAAGGCGCUCAUGCCCGUCGCCGUCUACUCCCUCGCCAUCGCCUUCCGCACCGAGACCUUCCGCAGGGCCUCCAUGCUCAACAUGCUCGGCAUCUCCGCGGGGGUCGCCGUCGCGGCCUUCGGGGAGGCGCGCUUCGACGUCUUCGGCGUCACUCUCCAGCUCGCCGCCGUCGCCGCCGAGGCCACGCGCCUCGUGCUCAUCCAGAUACUGCUCACCUCCAGGGGCAUCAAGCUCAACCCCAUCACCUCGCUCUACUACAUCGCCCCCUGCUGCCUGCUCUUCCUCACCGUGCCGUGGACGUUCGUCGAGCUGCCGAGGCUGCAGGCGGCGUCCGCGGCCGGGAUCGUCCGGCCAGACGUGGUCGUUUUCGGGACCAAUUCGCUGUGCGCCUUCGCGCUGAACCUGGCGGUGUUCCUGCUGGUGGGGAAGACGUCGGCGCUGACCAUGAACGUGGCAGGGGUGGUCAAGGACUGGCUGCUCAUCGCCUUCUCAUGGUCGGUCAUCCAGGACACCGUGACACCGGUGAACCUCGCCGGCUACGCCAUUGCCUUCCUUGGCGUCGCCUACUACAACCACGCCAAGUUGCAGGCGCUCAAGGCAAAGGAGGCCGAGAGGAAGGAGGAUGCCGAGGCCGGUGCGCGACUUCUGACGCCGGAGAAGGAUGCAAAUGCGCGCAAGAACUGAAGCCUCCCCUCGCAUGAGUAUCACACAUGAAUUGGGCCCUCCAAAAGCAAAAGCAACACAUGGAUUGAAAGAGUUCAUUAUUUGUGCUAGUUUAUAUAACUUUUUCAGCCAUAGGAUAUCCGAACUAAGAGUUAAUUCAUGUUCAAUUGUAUGCUUACAAUUAUACUUACAGGAAAUGUAACUGAUUGGCAUUUGUUUUAAGCGUACAAUUCUACCUUA